GCACGAGUUGAGUUAAUUUCCAUCUCACUCACUCACCAGCCGAGCCACACAAACACACUUUCUUUCACUCUGAGAGUCUGCCAAAGCCGUUGAAGUCCGCGAUUAGAUCUGAAAUAGGCGUCGCGGCUCUGCCAAAAUAAAAAAGCUGAUCCUUCUCUUUUUCGGCUCAGAUCCGGCUCAGAUCCAAAAGCGCCGCCGAUCUCUCUCCUCUCUUUCCACCUUCCGUCUCCCUCCAUUUCUGUCUCCCUCUCUCUAUAAAUUUUAAUUUACAUAUUUUCCGUUACAGAGCUACGACGUCGUUUUGAAGCCUCAAAUCAGAAUUUCUAAAUUCUAAUGUAGAAGAAACCCUACGUCAGUGAUUGGAUUCAUGAUCAGUGACUUUUCCUGCUUUUUUUUUUUUUUUUACCCUUAAAUAACCGAGCCGAAGACAGCUCACUUUAAGGUUCCUUUUCUUAACCAAGUAUAGGAUCAGCUCAGCUCAACUCAGCCCAGCUCAGUUCAGGUGGGCGCAUGAAUUUUGGGGCUGGUAUUGUAAGUGGGAAAGCUGGGAACUCGAUGGAUUGGACCGUAAAUAAUGCAUAUAAAACGUAUAAAGGAGUAGACGCGGAAACUAAACACGUGAUGGACAUGUCACUAAUUCCAAGCAUUGAUCCCAUAGAAAUUGGAUUGGGCUCUUCAGAAAAGGGAAAUGCCUUGCCUUCAGCAAAACCAAGAAAGAAGACCAUGACAUCAGUAUAUCUCAAGUUUUUUGAGACAGCUCCUGAUGGAAAAAGUCGGAGGUGCAAGUUUUGUGGACAAAGCUAUUCCAUUGCUACUGCCACUGGUAAUUUGGGUAGGCACCUCGCUAAUCGGCAUCCAGGAUAUGAUAAGGCAGGGGAUAUUGUCACCAGUUCAGUUCCUCAGCCUAUUACUGUUGUUAAAAAAUCUCAACCUCAGGGCAAGGCACACCAAUUGGAUUAUGAUCAUCUAAACUGGUUGCUCAUUAAGUGGCUUAUUUUAGCUUCUCUUCCUCCUUCAACCAUGGAGGAGAAGUGGUUAGCAAACUCCUUUAAAUUUCUAAAUCCGUCAAUACAACUUUGGUCAGGUGAGAAGUACAAAGCAGUUCUAUGUGAAGUUUUUAGAAGCAUGAGGGAAGAUAUAAGGGCAUCUUUGGAACAGGUUUCUUCUAAAGUCUCAAUCACUCUUGAUUUCUGGACUUCCUAUGAGCAAAUAUUUUAUAUGAGUGUCACAUGUCAAUGGAUUGAUGAAAGUUGGUCCUUUCGUAAAGUGCUUCUUGAUAUAUGCCACAUACCUUACCCUUGUGGGGAUUCUGAAAUCUUUCACUCUCUAGUGAAGGUUCUUAAGACAUACAAUAUCGAGAAUAGAGUUCUGUCCUGUACUCAUGAUAACAGUCCGAAUGCAGUCCAUGCAUGCCAUUCUUUAAAAGAGGAGUUUGAUACUCAGAAAGCAGGACCCUUCUGCUAUAUCCCAUGUGCUGCUCAAACUCUUAACUUGAUCAUAGAUGAUGGACUGAGAACUACAAAACCAUUAAUCUCCAGAAUCAGGGAGUUUGCUCUUGAGUUGAAUGAAUCUACAGAUUUCUCUGAUGAUUUUGUUCAGAUUUCAACAGCUUAUCGAGAAGGUAGUUGGAAAUUUCCCGUCGACGCUUCAGUGCGGUGGAGUGGCAAUUACCAAAUGCUUGAUAUAGUGCAGAAGGCUGGGAAGACCAUGGAUGCUGUUAUCAGGAAGCAUGAUGAAACACUAGGCAGUCGAAUGCUACUGACCCCUGCAGAGAAGAAUGUGGUCAGCGUUGUGCAUGGAUACUUAGAACCUUUCUAUAAGACCACCAAUAACAUGUGCACCAACAAAAUGCCAACUAUUGGACUGGUUCUCUUCUUCAUGGAUCACAUUUCUGAGAUGAUUACUAUGUGCAGAGAAUGCCGACAUAGCCCAGAUUGGCUAAAGAAUGCAGCCGAAGACAUGGCCAAGAAGGCCAGGAAUUACAACAACCAAGUUUGCAACAUUUUCACCUACAUGACAGCCAUUCUUGAUCCCCGGAUCAAAUGUGAACUCAUUCCUGAGAACCUUAAUGCAGAAAAUUAUCUGGAAGAAGCAAGAGCCCAUUUUGUAAGAAACUAUUCCACUAGCCAUUUCUCAUCCAUGACAAGCGGCUACAGUGCUCAAGAGAUGGAAGAUGGAGGUAGUGUUUCUUUCGCAGAGGAAAUCGCCCGAAAGAAACGAAGGGGAAGCAUAAGCACUGCCACAGAUGAGCUCACUCAGUAUCUCUCUGAGCCUCCUGCUCCAAUACCAACAGAUGUUCUGGAGUGGUGGAAGGUGAACAGUACCCGAUACCCUCGACUGUCUGUGAUGGCUCGGGAUUUCUUGGCUGUGCAGGCAACUUCAGUAGCUCCUGAAGAACUUUUUUGCAGUAAAGGUGAUGAGAUCAACAAAGAACGAUUUUGUAUGCCGCAUGAUAGCACACAAGCUAUCCUUUGUAUAAGGUCUUGGACUCAGGGUGGCAUGAAAUUUAAGUAUAGAUCAACUGAGAUAGACUAUGAAAGGUUAAUGGAAUUGGCAACUGCUGCAUCAGAUAAUAACGCAUCUGGUUCGGACAAGAAACAGAAGUGAUUAACAGAGACAACUUAGAAGAAUUGAGUGCAAGAAUGUGAUGUUCAGAUCAGACUUGUAAUUUAGCUUUCACCCCAGAUAAAAGAAAAGAAAGGCGGUUGUUAGAAUUAUUAGUACAGUUCAGGAUGUCAUGAGAAUGCUAACAAGAAAGGGGGUAAUUUUAAAGGGAUUAAUAUGGUGAAGAUUUCACAUUGAGCAGCCUAGUAAAUCUGUUCGCUGAAA